UUCCGUCGAGCCCGGCAGACAGGCUCGCCGGCGACCGCUCGACGGGUGUGUAGUUGCAGUACAAAAUGGCGUGCAAUGGUGUAGCCAAUGAAAGGAUGCAUAAAUUCUAAACGCAAGAUAACGAGUUCAGGAACGAAGAAGACAGCGAUUCAUCGAGCGAGACGUCUGUAUCAUGUAAACGUCGCUGCGUAAUACGAUCAUCAUCAUCAUCAUCCGAAAGUGACAAUUCGUCUGAUAGUUCGGUAACGAGUAUUGAAACUAGUGAUGAAAACGAGUGGUUCGAUCCACGAAGAAACAGGCCAAGUAUUGUACAUUUUAGAAGUGCCCAUGGUGCCAAAGUAAGUAACGAGGAUGUGCAAAAGUGUAUGAAAAUCGAAGACUUUUAUGGACUCUUUGUCACUGAUGAAAUGUUCGAACGCAUCAGUGAACAAACAAAUAUUUAUGCCGCGCAAGCAAGUACAACUUCCAAACAUUUGCAGCAAUGGGUACCAACAAACAAGGAUGAAAUGAAGCAGAUGUUCGGACUGAUUUUAUGGAUGGGAUUGGUGAAACUCCCGUCCAUGUAUCUGUACUGGUCCCAGGAUCCACUGUUUAUUCAAACAUUCCCCCAGAGAGUAAUGAGUAGAGAUCGGUUCGAGAUUCUGAUGAGCACGUUGCAUUUCGCGAACAAUACAGAAGAUGGCGCCUUCGAUCGUCUCUCAAAAGUUCAGUUCAUCGUAGACGAGCUGAAUAAAAAUUUCAAAAAAUAUUACGAUCCUGCCGAGAUAUUGUGCAUCGACGAGUCUCUAAUACCAUUUCGCGGACAAAUUAGAUCUGGGCGGUAUCUGAAAAAAGAGAGACGCAAGCGUUGCGUCAAAAUAUUUAAAUUGUGCUGCGACAACGGAUAUACCUACAGUUUUCGAGUUCACGCGGGAAAAGCGCUCGAAAAAGAAGAUAUCGCGUCAACGAAUGUUACGAUGAAUUUGUGUAAGGAUGUGUUUUACAAAGGCCACACAUUAUGCACCGACAAUUGGUACACCAGCGUGGAUUUGGCGAACAAAUUGGUAACGAAAAAUAUGCACCUAGUUGGUACACUUCGACUGAAUUGCAAAGGAAUUCCGAACGAAGUUCUAACGACCGAAUUGAAACGUGGGGAAGUCGUGGCAAAAGAGAAUAGUAAAGGAAUUACGGUCUUGAAAUGGAAAGACAAAAGAGACGUUUUGGUUCUUUCCACCAAACAUUCGUGUGAAAUGGAAAACGUGACAACCAAAAGAGGGGUUUGCUGUAGACCAAAAAUUCUUAUAGAAUAUAAUAAGGGAAAAACUUCUGUUGACCUUUCCGAUCGGAUGAGCGCGUACAGCGGUCCGCCGUCGAAAACGAUGAAAUGGUAUCGAAAAUUGGCGCUCGAGCUUUUCUUGAACAUCGCUGUCGCGAAUGCGUUAAUUAUGUUCAAAGAUGUGACCAGAAGGAAAAUGUCAAUCACGACAUUUCGGAAACAGUUGGCAGACGCGCUCACGCGGCAUUCGGAGAGAGAAACUCCGAUAAGAGUCGAUACGAGAAGAAACGUUCACCAAUUGGAAAAGAAAGAAGGAAAGGCGCAUAAAGUGCGUAAAUAUUGUCUCGAGUGUUACAGGACGAAUACAGAAAUCUAUGGGCGCGAUUUGGCUAGAAAAUUAACCAGACGGGUCGUCACCUUUUGCAAUAUGUGCAAUUCCGAACCACAUCUUUGCCUAGAAUGUUUUAAUAAACUGCAUUAAAAAUUA